GGAGCGGGCUCACCAUCAUGGCGGCCUCCAUUUCGGGUUAUACGUUCAGUUCCUUAUGUUACCACAGCGCCAACAGCGACUCGGACCACGAAGGAUUCCUGCUGGGAGAGGUGAGGCAAGAGGAAACAUUCUCUAUCAGUGAUUCCCAGAUUAGCAACACAGAACUUCUGCAAGUUAUAGAGAUCCAUAGACAUGAGCCGUGCACAAACCUUUUCAGUUUCUAUGAUUAUGCUGGAACUGUCAACGAGGAAAGUCUCGAUCGGAUUCUUAAAGACAGACGAAAAAACGUAAUUGGUUGGUAUAGAUUUCGAAGAAACACACAGCAGCAAAUGUCAUAUAGAGAGCAGAUCUUGCACAAGCAAUUGACUCGCCUUCUUGGAGCACCUGACCUCGUCUUCCUGUUGAUCACAUUCAUUUCUACUGCCAACACUUCUACGCAUGCCUUGGAAUAUGUGCUUUUUAGGCCUAACCGCAGGUAUAACCAGAGGGUUUCACUGGCAAUUCCAAACUUGGGCACAACAAGUCAACAGGAAUAUAAAGUGUCUUCCGUGCCAAACACUUCCCAAAAUUAUGCCAAAGUGAUCAAAGAACACGGUACAAAUUUUUUUGACAAAGAUGGAGUGAUGAAGGACAUCAGGCAAAUAUAUCAGGUGUAUAAUGCUCUGCAAGAGAAGGUUCAGGCUGUCUGUGAAGAAGUAGAGGAGAGCGAGAGAGUGGUGGAAUCCUGUCAGGCAGAAGUGGACAAACUGCGCACUCAGAUUUGUCGGAGAAAGGCAGAGAAGGAACGUGAGCAGAACCUCCGUCAUUCAUUGCAACUCCAUACAGAAGACACCACAGACUGCACAAUGACAUUUUCCAGCGCAGACUGUACAGCUGUUGCCUCUAGGCCACAGGACCUUCAGCCACCUGCAUACACAGAGGAGAAGGCAAGCACAAUAGAUGGUGUAGAUAGCCCACCUGACAUGCCAAGGCCACAAGCAGUAGGCUCCUCUUGCCAACUACUCAUAGAAAUUAAAGAUGGAGAACCGGCUGCCUGUAAGACGUCGGCGAGUGAAGAGACAGAGGAAUCACAAAGUGACUAUAAGAAGUCAAGGCACCAUUCAGAGUCUCCUGAUAGUGACAUGGUUGAUGAUGAGCCAUUACAGCUCAGCCCACAGGAAGAUGGAGACCUAGCUCAGCAAUGACUGUCUCACCUCAAACCACACUAGGAGAUUCUGCAACAUGGAAUGUAAGCAAAGUGAAGCUGCCGGCCUUUGGGAGUAAAACAAACAAACAACCUCCUCACUACUCACUUGCAGCACUUUUACUCCCCAGCAGCUUCAUCUGUUCUCUGACUUUUGAAUCAGCAGUGCUUCUGUGGAGCUGAACACAUGGAGCUGUUUAUUGUAGGUCUAGUGAACAUUCUGAGCCAGUACUGCUGCCCUCAGUAUAUAUAUAUAUAUAUAUAUAUAUAUAUAUAUAUAUAUAUAUAUAUAUAUAUAUAUAUAUAUAUAUAUAGACUGAAGUGAUUAAUAGGCAAAUAAAGGGAGGUGCGAUAUCUACAAGUCAUUGUACUUUAGCCCACAAUUGUGUCCCAUCUCUACCUUCUCCAUACAAGUAUCUGCACAGCCUUCCUCUGUCAUCAAUGGGGGAUUAUUAUCUUUAAUCUCUCUAAUUUAAAACUCUGUUCGGACAAUCUUCUGGGCUCAGUUGACUUUCUUACCACUGGCCCUUUGUCACCAUUUUUGUUCCUUUCCCUCUGUCAUGCUCAAUCCAUCUUCUUCAACUCCUAAGCUGGAUACAUUUACUCGUACCUGCACUGUUUCACAAUCCAAACAUUAAAGGGAUACUGUCAUGGGAAAAAAUGUUUUUUUUUCAAAAUGAAUCAGCUAAUAGUGCUGCUCCAGCAGAAUUCUGCACUGAAAUCCAUUUCUCAAUUUUGAAAUCUGACAUGGGGCUAGACAUAUUGUCAAUUUCCCAGCUGCCCCCAGUCAUUUGACUUGUGCUCUGAUAAACUUCAGUGACUCUUUACUGCUGUACUGCAAGUUGGAUUGAUAUCACCCCCCCCCAGCAGCCUUACAACAGAACAAUGGGAAGGUAACCAGAUAGCAGCUCCCUAACACAAGAUAACAGUUGCCUGGUAGAUCUAAGAACAGCACUCCAUAGUAAAAUCCAAGUCCCACUGAGACACAUUCAGUUACAUUCAGUAGGAGAAACAACAGCCUGCCAGAAGGCAGUUCCAUCCUAAAGUGCUGGCUCUUUCUCAAAGCACACGACCAGGCAAAAUGACCUGAGAUGCACCUACACACCAAUAUUACAACUAAAAAAAAAUACACUUGCUUGUUCAGGAAUGACAUUUUAUAUUUUAGAGUGAAUUAUUUGCAGUGUAAACCACGUUAUUUAGAAAUUAAAACGACACCAUAAAAAUCAUGACAGAAUCCCUUUAACCUUCCUCUAAAUUGUGCAACUUUACCUCCUUCUCUGCGGAUCUUAAUACGAUUUCUUGUAUCUCAACCUGCCUUCAGAUGUCCCACAAUAUUAAAAUGCACCAAAUCCAGGAUUUGGCCUUUUUCUGCAGAAUCCGAAUAAUCCUUGUGCACGGCCGAACCAAAUCCAAAUCUUAAUUUGCAUAUGUAAAUUAGACAAGGGGAGGUAAAUCACAUGACUUUUUGUCACAAAACAAGGAAUUAAAAAACAUUUUUCCACACCUUUUCUUUCCCACCCCUAAUUUGCAUAUGCAGAAAGAUUCGGCCGAAUCCCAAAAAGUGGAUUCGGUUCAUCCCUAUUAAAAUGCCUUUACAUUGCCUUACUGUUACAGGGAGAAUGAAUUUUAGAAACCCAUCCCUGAAACAAAUGUACAGCUGCAAUCCAUUGAACAGCUACGACAUCGGAUCAGUGUCAAAUAAUGAUUUAAAACCAAAGUAACAGGAUAUUGUGAGGCACAUACCUGCAGAUGAUGUAAGAGAGACAGGAUUUUGUAUGUAUGAUGCCAUUACUCUUUUAAAAUGUGCUCUUAUUUACCUACACACACACAAAUGAUGAAAAGUCUCUAUAUCUUUUGAUGUAUGACUAGGGUUGCCACCUGGCUGGUAUUUUACCGGCCUAGCUGGUUAAAAUCUUGCUUGAUGCCAAUGUUAUUUAUAGGGAAAAAACAGAAAAAUAUAGUAAGGCUGUUUUUUAUUUCCAGAAAAGGUGGCAAUUAGAGUCCUGCAGUGGGUCAGGUACCCGCAAAAAAA